GGAGGGUAAGAUUUUCUCUCUAGAUUGAAAAAGUCGACAGGCACACAGAAAUCCGGAGAAGAAUGGGAAGAGAAGAAAAACCAUAGAACUGAUUGCCACUACUUUGCCCUCACCAGCCUCAACAUCGCAAAAGAAAGGGAUUCUCGUUUUACACCUCACCCACCCAUCAUGGCGGCCACUGCCUUCGACCAGCUACGAUCGCUCUUCCCCGAGAACACGAACGAUAAGGUGGUGACUCCCAUCGACAACGACAGCGACAAGUACCAAGCUGCGGUUUCAAGUCCCUGGUCGCAGACUUGCUGGAUCCCCGCAGCAGGGUAUAUCUACCUGAGUUCCGUUCAGGAACUGAUCGAGGCGCUGGCCAUCGUGCGAAAGACUGGCACCAAGUUUGCCAUCCGCACCACCGGCCACAACCCUAACGCCGGGUUCAGCAGUGCCGACGAGACGGCCGUCCUAGUGACGACCAAUGAAGGCGAGGUCUAUGCUUGGCUGGAGGAGCGGGGGUUAUCCGCCAUUGGGGGGAGGGAUCCGCAGGUGGGCUUGGGAGGGUUUCUCUUGGGGGGUGGUAUGGGGGCUUUGCCUAAUCUGUAUGGGCUUGGUGCAGAUGGGGUGAGGAACUUUGAGGUCCUGCUCGCCGACGGCCGUCUCGUCAACGCCAACGCGAAUGAGAACUCCGAUCUCUACCGCGCCCUGAAGGGCGGUGGCUCGAAUUUUGGCAUCGUGACCCGGUUCGACCUCGCAACCCAUCCUCUGAUCAAUGUCCAAUACACGAUCAACCUCUACAGCCCUGAAGAUCACGUGGCGAUCAAUCGGGCUACCGUGGCAGUCCAACAGGCCAUGGAGGAAGAUCCCAAGAUUGGGCUGUUCACUACCUUCAACAAUGGCUUUGUCGCGGUGGGCUUGCUCUACGGAGACCACCCGGCCGAAGCCCCCAAGGCCUUCGAGCCGUUCCAAACCCUGAAAAGCCUGGUAGCGACGGCGCUGCCUUUUACGAAUGGCACGCUCCUGUCGCUCGCCCAGGCUAUGGGCCACCCCCAAAUAGCCCAGAAGCGGCGUAUCUGCAAAAUUAGCACCCAGGUUUCGCACGAUCUCUACGAAGAAGUGUUCAAGGCCUGGGGUGAGGUCAGCAAGACUCUCCCGACGGGCGCCGUUCUACAUUAUACCAUUCAGCCAUUUGGUAAGGCAGGUGUCCGAGUUGGCAAAGAUCGUGGAGAGAACAUCAUGGGUCAUGAAGAUGUUCCACAGUGCUGGUGGGUCUUCACCUGUGAGUGGCCUAAGGACGGUAGUGAUGAUGCCGCGGCGCAGAACGCCAUCGAAACCAUGUCGGAAACGGUGCAGUCUCUGGCCAAGGCCAGGGGAAUCCUCCUAGAUUUCAAGUGUAUGAGCUUUGCUACCGCCACGCAGGAGGUUCUGGGCAGCUACGGGGCCGAGAAUGUCAGGCGGAUCCAGGAAGUGGCGGCGAAAUAUGACCCCGAAGGCGUCUUUCAGAAGCUGCAGAAUGGUGGCUUCCUUUUGCGCGACAAUAUCUAGUUUCUUGUCCCGCAUGUGAGCGAGAAUCGGGAGGAGGAGGAGGAGGAGGAAAACCCUGAUGGUGUCGGAUAGCAAUGUCGAUCUCUUUUAUUUUUCUCAGCG